AUGGAGCGCAAGUCCCAGCUGGAGGUGAUGAAGCUCACAGACGCGGACUACAUGAGGCGCAUGGAGAACGCAGUCCAGUUUGGCUACCCUGUCCUGCUUGAGGGCGUGGCCGAGGAGCUGGACGCCAGCUUGGAGCCACUGCUGCUGAGGGACACCUUCAAGCAGGGUGGCGUCACCUGCAUCCGCCUGGGUGACUCUGUCCUGGAGUACAGCCCCUCGUUCAGGCUGUACCUCACGACUAAGCUCAGGAACCCUCACUACCUCCCAGAGGUCGCUGUAAAGGUGACCCUCCUCAACUUCAGCAUCACCCGAGGCGGCCUGGAAGACCAGGUGUUGGGCCUGGUGGUGGCGCGCGAGCGCCCCGAGCUGGAGGAGGACAAGGCGCGGCUCACGGUGCAGGGCGCGGAGAACGCACGCCAGCUGGCAGAGAUCGAGGACCGCAUCAUCGCCGUGCUGUCGGCGUCGCAAGGCGACAUCCUGGAGGACGAGACCGCCAUUGACGUAAUCAGCAGCUCCAAGGCCCUGGCCAACGACGUGGCCGCAAAGCAGGCGGCGGCCGAGAAGACGGCCCGCAAGAUAGAUGAGGCCCGCGCCGGCUACGUCCCCGUUGCCCAGCUGGUGGCGGCGCUGUUUUUCGUGACGUCAGAGCUGGGGGCGGUGGAGCCGAUGUACCAGUACAGCCUGGCCUGGCACCUCGACCUCUUCGCAGACAGCAUCACCAAGGCGGACCGGGCGCCGGCCGGCCGCGACGCCCUGACUAAGCGCAUCGAGGCCCUGUGCCGGCACUUCCAGGGGUCCCUGUACGUCCAGGUCUGCAGAUCCCUGUUUGAAAAGGACAAGCUUCUCUUCAGCUUCCUCAUGGCCGUCCACGUGCGCGCCCACAUCCAUAAGGCGCUGGACAUGGGGCAGCUGAGGUGGCUACUCACGGGCGGCGUCAGCGACGGCGGGGCACAGCCCAAGAACCCUGCGUCGUGGCUGUCUGAGAAAAGCUGGGGGGAGGCGCUGAGGCUGGAGGCGGCCUACCCAGAUGCCUUUGGGGGCCUAGCCGAGGCGCUGGCGCGGGAGCAAGACAAGUUCAAGGCGCGUCACGAUGGGGCGGCUGCGGCACCGGGGUUCAGAGCGGUGUUCGACGCGGCCGACCCCCUGGUGGCGCCGUUCCCCGCCCCCUGGGGCGCGGGCCUCGACCCCCUUCAGCGCCUCAUGCUGCUGCGGGUGCUGCGGCCCGACAAGCUGGUGACUGGUAUCCACGGCUUUGUCGCGUCCACCCUAGGCCAAUCUUACGUCGAGCCGCCGCCGUUCGACCUGGAAAA